UUUGCCAUUUUCAUUUCCAAAAAAGUUGUGGAGACAACAGAAGCGAAACAGAGAGAGUGAUAAGAAAAGCUUUCGUCUCUCGAUCUGCGGACGCAAAAGGGGCUGACCUGAGGAAAGAACACACACACUAUGUGGAGAAAACUCUCUUCGCAGCUUCGUACCCUACGACUAAUUCGAUCCACUCCUAAGUCCAAUCCAACCGCCUCCGCCGCCACGUCGAUUACUUCUCCAUCGCCGGCGGCAUUCCGUUCAUCGGUCGCGUCCUUCUCUCGUCAAUUCACUACCGCAUCCGAGAAUGCUGUUAAGAAGAGUGUGGAGGAUGUAAUGCCAAUUGCAACUGGCCAUGAGCGCGAAGAGCUUGAAGCUGAACUCCAAGGAAGGGAGCUUCUUGACAUUAACUUUCCUGAGGGUCCUUUUGGUACAAAGGUCAGUGUGGAUUUUCAAGUAAUGAUUGGUGCUAGUACACACUCGUUAUUCUUGUUGCUUUUGUCGCAAUGUAUUGUUGAUCAAUAAAAUUGUUUUAUCUUA